AUGCGCCGCUCUCUGGUCGAUCCAACUUCGCGGGCUACGCGAACCGUCGAGAACGUUCGACGUCCCGAGGUUCGUGUAGCACACCCUCUGAGCGAUCGGGCACCCACGUGCAAUCUACGUGACGCGAAUGAGGGAUCACCCGCGGCAGUAACUACGCAGCGAGGAGAGGGCGAUUGGCGUUCUAAAGUGGAGCGGCUGCUUUCGUUCGUCAUCACAAAACAGUUCUACGAUCUUGAACGUAUCACUAGUGCGAUUCCCACGGUAGAA